AUGGACCUCGUGAGACUCUCGCGGCUCUUCUCCGGCCCCCGCCCCAUGGGAUUGGCCAUCCUGCACCACCUUGACGCCCUCAGAGCCACGUGGGCUGGAGGCAGGGAGGGGCCCACGUGGCCGAGGGCCGCAGGGCUGAUUCGGCUAGCGCCAGCAGCCUUCAACAGCUCCCUCUCUCGGCUGUCCCUCGGCCCGCGGAGCCAGAAGAACACAGGCAGCCCGAGCUCUGACCCAGGACAGCCCAGCCCCACGGCCGCCCAGGAGGAAGGGGAGGAGGAGAGCUUUGGGACUCUUUCCGACAAAUACUCCUCCCGGAGAAUGUUCCACAAAUCGACGGCCCAGUUGUAUAACCUGCGGCUCACGGAACAGAGUGUUGAAGAAGAUGAGGAAGGGGGGCUGCAGCCAGAAUCACGGCGGGGCCCGAGAAACACCCCUUCCUGGUACUUCUUUCAGUGCAAACGCCUGAUCAAGGAAGGAAAGCUGGCCGAGGCCCUGGACCUGUUUGAGAGACAGAUGCUGAAGGAGGAGCGACUCCAGCCCCUUGAGUGCAACUACACCGUGCUGAUCGGGGGCUGCGGGCGGGCCGGCUACCUGAGGAAGGCCUUCCAGCUCUACAAUGACAUGAAGAAGCGAGACUUGGAGCCCUCAGAUGCCACCUACACAGCCCUGUUCAAUGUCUGCGCUGAGUCCCCCUGGAAGGACUCUGCUCUGCAGAGUGCCCUGAAGUUACGGCAGCAGCUUCAGGCCAGAAACUUCCAGCUCAACUUGAAAACGUACCACUCCCUGCUGAAGAUGGCCGCCAUGUGCGCAGACCUCAGGAUGUGCCUGGAUGUGUUUAAGGAAAUCAUCCAGAAAGGACAUGCGGUCACAGAGGAGACCUUCAGUUACCUGCUCAUGGGCUGCAUCCAGGACAAGAAAACGGGUUUCCGAUAUGCCCUGCAGGUGUGGAGGCAGAUGCUGAGCCUGGGGCUCCGGCCGAGCCGGCACGGCUACAACCUGCUGUUGGGGGCAGCUCGGGACUGCGGCCUGGGGGACCCGGAGGUGGCCUCGGCGGUGCUCCUGAGGCCCAGGGAGGAGAUGGUCCUGCUCCAGCCCCUGGCAGGUGGGCGGCAGGCAAGGAGGAGAGCCGGGGUCGGGGCGGACAGUAGCCUGUCAGCCGGGCUGCAAGUGGAGGCCCUGGAGAGGCAGCUGUUUCUAGAACCUUCUCAGGCACUUGAGGGGCCUCUGGAGCCUCAGGAGGCCAGAGCCCGCGGCAAGGCCCAGCCUGGGGUGGAAACCAAGGUGGAGCCUGACCGCGCUGCCCCUGCGGCCCCAGUGCCGCCUCCCUGGGGGCUGGAGGCCAACCUCCUGACCCCCGGGGCGGUCUCCUCGGCUGUGGUCUCCUUUGGGACCGUGAGCACUCCAGCCGACAGGCUGGCCUUGAUGGGGGGCCUGGAGGGCUUCCUGGGAAAGAUGGCGGAGCAUGGGCUUCGGCCCGACAUCAAAACCCUCACACUGCUGGCGGAGGUGGUGGAGCCCGGCACUUCCGCAGAGUCCUCGCUGCUGACCGUCUUGGACGCGCAGCAAGUGGAGGCCGACCUGACCUUCUUCAACACGCUGAUAAGGAGGAAGAGCGAGCUGGGCGACCUGGAGGGGGCGGAGGCACUGCUGCCAGUCCUGGCGAAGAGGGGAAUCGUCCCUAACCUGCAGACAUUCUGCAGCCUGGCCAUCGGGUGCCGCAAGCCAGGGGAUGGCCUGCAGCUGCUUGCAGACAUGAGGAAAUCCCAGAUGACCCCCACCGCCCACAUCUACAGCACUCUCAUCAACGCAGCCGUCAAGAAGUUGGACUACGCCUAUCUCAUCGACAUCCUGAAGGACAUGAGGCGGAAUAGGGUCCCGGUGAAUGAAGUGGUCAUCCGCCAGCUGGAGUUCGCAGCCCAGUACCCACCCACCUUCGACCGGUACAAAGGGAGAAACACCUACUUGGAGAAGAUUGAUGGCUUCCGAGCUUAUUAUAAGCAGUGGCUGAAAGUGAUGCCAGCAGAGGAAACCCCCCACCCGUGGCAGAAGUUCCGGACCAAACCAAAGGGAGACCAGGACACCGUACUGGCCGAUGUGGACAGAGGCCCCGGGGGCAGGUGA